UACCAAGCUAGUUUUGCUAUGGCUGCCGAUUGGCGUCCUUGGAUUUGAUGAAAGAUAAAAAAAAUUCUACUUCUACUCGGGUCUGGUCGGCCAACAAAUCCACAAAUUCGUACUAGAACUUAAUAAAGAGGAAUACUGUACUCUGGCAAGCUAAGCUGUCCGUCAUGGAUAUUGGACUGAAUCAGCAUCAUCAACAGGUUGUAGUGAAUUAUCUUAGGUUUGCACGUUAUAGUCGAGGACAGAGGCUUCGAGGGGUUGAUGCAUCUUUUGAAGAACUUAAAGACAGCAGACUUGUGGAAGACACGUAUACUUUGGAUGAAGUAACAGACAUGUUGGAUGGCCUGUGUGCAGUAGUGAGGGGAGAAGUAGAAUCUGAACUCAUUAAUGCGGCACACACUAAUGUACUUCUUUUGAGACAAGUGUUUAGUCAGGCUGAGAAAUGGCAUCUCAAGCUACAGGCUGAUAUAUCUGAACUAGAAAAUAGGUAAGUUUGGAUUACAAUUUUCGAUAAUGGCCAUUAAAUUUUGUCAUCCUGUUGAUACUGAGAAGUGACAAAGGGAUCCGAAACUUACUUUAAAUACCAUG